AUGCUGGGGAGGCUGCUGGGGCACAGCCCUGGGCUGUGGCAGCGGGUGGCUGGGCUGGUCCUGUGCCCCACCAGGGCUGCUGGCAGCAAAGCAAAGAACACCCAGGACACGGCUCUGCAGACAGCUCAUCCAGGUAAAGAACCUUUCAGGAAUGAAAGAAGGCCUACAAAUUUUGAUAAAAAGGUGCUAGUAUGGUCAGGACGCUUUAAAAAGGAGGAGGACAUUCCCAGGCACAUUUCGUCUGAGGUGCUUGACAGUGCCAGGAACAUUGCCAGGAUAAAGGUUUGCUACAUCAUGAUUGCACUGACUGUGCUGGGCUGUGUGACCAUGAUCAUCUCAGGCAAAGAAGCUGCCAAGAAGGAUCAGACGCUGCUGAGGGUGAAUGCAGAAAAGAAGGCCAAAUGGAGGGCUGAAGUGGAGAAAGGUCAGGAGGCAGCUGUCGGGAAGUCACAAUGA